AUGCUGGAGUCUGAAUCUAACUGUUUUAGCUUUAUAUCUUUCAUAUAUUUUUCUUUUUGCCUGUUCUUUUGCAUUUAUUCUUCUUUUUCCCCUUCCCUUUCUCCUCUUUCUUCUUCUUCAUCUUCUUCUUCUUCUUCUUCUUAUUAUUAUUAUUAUUAUUAUUAUUAUUAUUAUUCUCUUCCUCCUCUUUUUUCUCCCCUAUUUUUCUUUCUCCUCUAUCUUCUCUUUCUUCUUUCUCCUCUUUCUUCUUCUUCUUUCUUCCUUUUUCUCCUCUUUCUUCUUCUUCUUCUUCUUUCUCUUAUUUCUUCUUCGUCUUUUUCUUCUUCCUCCUCUUUCUUCUUCUUUCUCCUCUUUUUUCUUCUUUCUCCUUUUUCUUCUCUAUCUUCUUCUCUUUCUUCUUAUUUUUCCUCUUUUUUCUUCUUCUUCUUUCUCCUCUUUCUUAUUUCUCCUCCUCCUCUUCUUCCUUCUUCUUCUUCUUCUUUUCAUUGUCCUCAUCUAAAUCCUAUCUCCUCAUACUCUCAGUGGGCCCUCAAAGGCUAUUUUGCCCUGAUUGGUAUUUCGAGAGUAAAGAUGACAGACAAUUUGAUUGAUGAGGAAGGAUUCUAG